CAGCUGGCCAGCACGUCUUAUUGCACAACUUCACUUCGUCCUCUUCUAGCACCCGUCUCCUCCCACAGCCACCCACCUCCGUACUUUCAAGUCACUCUCUCUCUUUGUACAACCACCCACCGUCGCCGUAACCAGUAUCACCGACCAUCGCAUACCUCCUCUUUCUAGGUCUCUCUCUCGGUGGUAUGUCCUCUGCAACAAAUGACUGAUGCAACGGAGUACAUCACCGUCGACCACCACUACAACAGUAUGACCGGUGAUGGUGAUGGUGUGGUGGUCAAUUAUGGAAUUAAAUCGAUCCACAACGCUAGUGGUGAUGGAGUUACCAUCACUGCGGUAUUAUUGGAGCGCCCUCGUAUCAUCUCUGCUAAUGUGGGGCAUGCAUGGGAUCUCCCAGCAAACACAUUUGGUGCUGCCUAUGCAUCAUUCAUGGGAUCUAGGAACUUCUCCCCUGAUGAUCGGCCACCAGUACGGUUCAUGGAAACAGAGGAGCUGGCAUAUGUGGCCAUGCGUGCCCGUGAGGUGCAUGAUUUCUGGCACACCCUGUUUGGCCUCCCAACCAACUUGAUCGGCGAGUCAGCACUUAAAGUGAUAGAAUUUGAGCAAAUGCUGCUUCCCAUGUGCCUGAUGUCUGUCAUUGGAGGCACUGCAAGAUUCAGCGAGAAGCAGAGAACAUUGUUCUACCAGCAUUACUUCCCAUGGGCAAUACAGGCUGGUAUGCGGUGCACAGACCUUAUGUGUGUAUAUUACGAGCGUCAUUUUGAUGAGGAUUUGGAGGAUGUUCGGCGGAGAUGGGGGAUAAUUCCUGCUCCUCUUGUUCCUAUGCCAAAAGCAGCCCGAGUUGCCUGACCAGCAACUGUAUAUUGUUGGUCGAAAUGAGAUUAUGCGUCGAUUAUUAGUUUGUUUUGCUCUAAAUGAUGAAAACUAGGUAGCACAAUGUGCAAGCAGAGUUACGUUUAAACUAAUGCCAUUACUGCUCUAUAACAAAAGUAGUGCUGGUUAAG